AUGAAAUCUGUCGCCUAUCUGCCGCAGGAGGUCGUGGCUCUCAUCCUGCAGAACUGUGAUUCCUUCCGCCAGCUGCGCAGCCUGAUUCUAACCUGCAAGCGGAUCCAUUUGGCCUGGGAGCUCAAUAAGCCCGCGAUUCUCUGGCACGUUGGACGAGCCGAAAUCCCAGGCUGGACUGAUGCGAUCGUAGCGCGCGCGCAGAUCCGGGCAACCCAGAUUGCCAAAGAUGCCCUCCUCAAGGGAGAGCUCCCACCGGAUCCAUUUCCGGUCUCGGAGCUGAGUGGUGAGGUCCGUCGGCCCUCGCUGGAGGAGCUGAAACAGGUCCAGAGCCUACAAAAGCUCGCCAAAUACCUGGAAAGUGAAAUGCUGGCAUCGGACGAGGAUCUGUUUAUUUCCAUGCCAGAUGACCAGUGCAACGCGGGGCCUAUCAAAUGGGCCCGUUUCGCGUGGAGCGUCUGGCGAGAGGAGUUUUGUCGAGCCAUUUACCGUCAUCUGACUGCGGGUGCCAUCCUCUACCGGGCGUAUCUGGCUCCCAUUGUCUGGGGGGCCCGACCCGCAGAUUUUCUCGCGGCCUUCAUCACGAUCAUGGAAAGCGGCGAAGACCUCGCCGACGUAACAGCCGAUUGGUUUUCAGAUAGUGACCGGAGAUAUCUCUCCACGGUCCCUGCGUACCACAUCCCGGACGGCGGCCAGUGCGACAAUUACUUCCAGCCCCUGGAAGAUGUGUUCGUGGAGGAGAGCAGAAAGAGGGCACUGCUGGAUCCACCGAUGAGGCCUCCGCCGCCCGGUCGAAGAGGAGACUGGUCUCCGCCCCCGACGCUCUUCUCGACCUUUGGACAAUAUGCACCGAUCCAUAAUCCGCAGUCUCUGGAGACCUCCCAUGCGGAGGCUCUGUUCCAUCAGACUCUUCAAUUCAUCUUCCUGAAUGAACAGAGUCCCCAGCAGUUUAUCUGGGACUCACCACGAGAAAGGCAGGAGGAGACCAAGGAAACCUCCGAGAAUCUUCCCUCCAUCUUCGCCAUCUUCUUCGGGUCUUUCGUCCCAUUACAGGUUACCGUCAGGGACGAGACCCAUGUGACCGCGACCGCAGCUCUGCCCGGCCUUGAAAGCAAGACGCCCACAGAAAGCAACUAUCUCGGGUUCCAGUACAUGGACGAGUUCCUUCCCAUACUGAGCGCGGUAGGCGGGAUUCCCAACUCCCAUGGGAACGGUCAAAGACUCCCAGACUCUCGGUUCUGUUUUGCCGAACACAUGCUGCGAAAGUUCUUUGGGCUUCGUUUUGCCGAUACAAUCUAUGAAUCGACCCUUGACAGCACGUGCGCAUGGGAUGCGCUCACCUGUUACGGCGGCGUCUUUACGAAUCGAGGAUUGCGUCCCUGGUAUCAUGGGGCGGAUCUAUUCCAGUCGUCGGAUGACCCCAUCCCGACCCCUUAUGUUAAGGGCGCUCUCGAGUAGGUGAUCAGUGAUCUAUUGGAGGGCUGAGUAUUUAUUCUUAGUUUGCUAUUAUUUCAGACGACGAGUUAGGAAAAGCAUUGCUCCUGCCGAUCAUUCCAUGGCAAAGUCGCGGUGAG